AUGCCAGUCUCAUCAAUUGGCCUUUGGACCCAAGAUUUCUGUCUUAGUCCACGUUGGGUUAUAUGGGAACCUCUUUGGGAUUCUCCUGUUGAACUUAAUGUUGAUAGCUUGGGCAAGGCUUGGAUCAGUGCUGCUUUCGACUUCGCAGUUCAUAACUUGCUGGUCUUCGGUUGCCUCCAGCGCUGCUCUUCCUUUAGGGAUCGGUUUUCGGAUGUGAAAGUUGAAGCCAAGACCUUGAGGGAAGGUCUUUUCUGA